AUGCGUAUCCUCAUUCAUACUUUCUGUGCAUCCUUUCAUGUCAUGAAUACAUCCCAAAGCUGCUCAAUAGAGACUUGCCAUGGUCCCCGCUCCCCUUAUCACCCAAAAAUAUAUAUUUCGUCGAUUUAUGCAGCCCCUGAGUCGGUAUUUUUGAUAUCAGCGUACAAAAAAACCAUCGGUACACAUAGCGGUCACUUUCAUUGCGAUGAAGCUUUAGCUGUUUCUUUAUUAAAAAGAACCAAGGAAUUCGCCAACGCCAAUUUGGUCCGUACUCGUGACCCUGCCAAGUUGGCCGAAUGUGAUAUUGUUGUCGAUGUGGGUGGAGUGUACGAUCCUGCCAUUCAUCGUUAUGAUCAUCACCAACGUGGCUUCACAGAAACCUUUACCGAGGCUCACAAGACAAAAUUGAGUUCUGCCGGUUUAGUGUACAAGCAUUUUGGUAAAGAAGUCAUUAUGAGUAUUCUUGGAAAGACAGAGGAAGAUAAUGAUGUCGACUUGAUUUACAAGAGAACCUACGAUGGUUUUGUCGAAGCGUUAGAUGCAAAUGAUAACGGUAUCAGUGCCUAUCCCAGCAAUGUGACACCACUUUAUAAAGAAUCACCGACCAGUAUCUAUCAUCGCGUGGCUCGUAUGAACCCUCUUUGGAGCCAACCUUUAUCCGACGCUGAAAUUGACGCUCGCUUCGUACAAGCCUCCGACAUGGCAGGAGCAGAAUUUGUCGAUUUUGUCAAGGGAUUGCAAUUGGCUUGGUUACCUGCUCGUUCACUUGUCGUAGAUGCUUUAGAAAGAGCUACUGAAAUUCAUUCGAGCGGACGUGUCAUUGCUUUGCAAACAUGCUGUCCCUGGAAGGAACAUUUGAUGGAUUUGGAGAAAGAGCGUGGAUUGGAUAACCCCGAGAAGAAUAUUUUAUAUGUGCUUUACCCCGAAAAAGCGGAAGAAAACUGCAACUGGCGCAUUCAAUGUGUUCCUGUUCGCUCAGAAGGCUUUGAAAACAGAAAGAGUUUGCCUGAGGCCUGGAGAGGCUUCCGUGAUGAGGAAUUGAGCAAAAUUUCCGGUGUCAAUGGUUGUAUUUUCGUUCAUGCUGCUGGCUUUAUUGGUGGAAAUAAGACACGCGAUGGUAUUUAUGAAAUGGCAAGACUAGCUUUGGAAAUGUAG